UUGAUAUACUACAAAGUUGUGGGGAUAUUAUGAAAUAUUGACAAUUGAAUCAAUCACUGCAUUAAUUGCCACUUUCCCCCUUUCUGAACCAACGUAGUGGAAUUCGUGAUGAAUUUCUGUAAUUGCAUUUCCUGAUUUUGAUUUGAAGAACACUCCAAUGGAUUCAUCAAACCAAAACACUCAUCCUCAAAUGCAUAAUCAACUCAACAAUCCUCUCCAAACCACUGUUCAUCUUCCCCAUUCUUCAAUCCCCAACCCCAAUGCCGUUCAAAACCCUGAAUUGAACCCCAAUUUUGGCCGAAACCCUAGCCCAGAAGCCAAUUUAGUCCAAGAACACUCAACUCCGGCAUCAAUCACAAAAGGAAAAAGAGGCGUCCGGCGACCUAAAACGGCGUCGUAUGCAAACCAGGUACAAAAUAUGUCAUCUGCGUCUUUAAAUGAUGGUUCAGUUUACGCCGGGGUACAGUCGAUAUCUUCUAGUUCAGGUCAGGUUAACAAGGCUCAGAUGAAAAUUUCGAGUAAUUUAACGCCCGUAAAACACGGGUCUAGUUCGAAUUCCGGCAUUUCGGCUAAGAAAACUGUUGAUGACAUGUCAGAUGAGAUAAUUGUGAUUAGUAAGGAAGCCACGGCUGAGGCCUUGAUUGCAUUGAGUUCGGGGUUCCCCGCUGAUAUACUUACCGACGAGGAAAUAGAGUACGGGGUGGUGUCUGUUGUAGGGGGGAUUGAGCAGGUCAAUUACAUCUUGAUUAGGAAUCAUAUAAUUACAAAGUGGCGUGAGAAUGUGUCGAGUUGGCUAACAAAGGAAAUGUUUGUCAACAUUGUUCCGAAGCAUUGUGGGCCACUUUUGGACACGGCUUACGAUUACUUGGUUUCACAUGGGUAUAUUAACUUUGGGGUGGCGCCUGCAAUGAAAGAGAAGGUUUUGGUGGAGCCAAAACAGCAGAAUGUAUUAGUUAUUGGGGCUGGACUCGCGGGGUUAGCUGCUGCAAGGCAGUUGAUGGCGUUCGGGUUUAAAGUGACGAUUUUGGAGGGGAGGAGGCGUGCUGGAGGUAGAGUGUACACAAAGAAGUUGGAAGGUAAUAAUAGGGUUGCGGCUGUGGAUUUGGGUGGGAGUGUUUUAACGGGCACUUUGGGGAAUCCACUUGGAAUUUUGGCUCGGCAGUUAUCAUUAACACUUCAUAAAGUUAGGGAUAAGUGCCCUCUUUACGGAGUGGAUGGUACACCUGUCGACCCUGGUUUGGAUAAGAGUGUGGAGGAUUCUUUUAAUGAAGUUUUGGAUACAGUAAGUAAAUAUAGGAACGAAAUGGGAGAUGUUGCACAGGAUGUGUCCCUUGGGGCAGCAUUGACGACAUUUCAGAAGAAAUUCAAUGAAGAGGAGAUGAAUCUGUUUAAUUGGCAUAUCGCGAACUUGGAAUAUGCAAAUGCCAGUUUGGUUUCAAAGCUUUCACUUGCGUUUUGGGAUCAAGACGAUCCAUUUGAUAUGGGUGGGGCCCACUGCUUUCUACCCGGUGGAAAUGGAAGAUUGGUGCAGGCGCUGGUUGAGAAUGUACCUAUUCAUUACGAGAAAACUGUCCAGGCUAUUCGUUAUGGUAGUGAUGGGGUACAGGUUGUUGUUAGCGGGGGGCAGAUUUACAAGGGUGAUAUGGUACUUUGCACUGUUCCCUUGGGAGUUUUGAAAAGUCGUUCAAUCGAGUUUAUGCCCGAGUUGCCGCAGAGGAAGCUUGACGCAAUCAAGAGGUUGGGAUUUGGCUUGUUGAAUAAGGUCGCAUUGCUCUUCCCACAUGCAUUUUGGGGAACUGAUCUCGAUACAUUUGGCCAUCUCACUGAUCAUCCUAGCCGUCGUGGGGAGUUCUUUCUUUUCUACAGCUAUGCAACCGUAGCUGGCGGUCCACUUUUGAUUGCUUUGGUGGCAGGAGAAGCUGCUCACAGGUUUGAGGUCGUUGAACCUAUUGACUCCGUGCAAAGGGUGCUUCGGAUUCUUAGAGAUAUAUACGAACCGCAAGGCAUUGAAGUCCCAGAUCCUAUCCAAACUGUAUGUACAAGAUGGGGUAGUGACCCCUUAAGUUGCGGUUCUUACUCUAAUGUUGCAGUUGGGGCGUCAGGUGAUGACUAUGAUAUUUUAGCAGAAUGUGUGGGAGAUGGGAGACUCUUCUUUGCCGGUGAGGCGACCAAUAGGCGCUAUCCAGCAACCAUGCACGGGGCUUUGCUUAGUGGGUUUAGAGAAGCCGCCAACAUGGCCCAUCACGCGAGGGUUAGAGCCUCGAGGUCAAAUGUUGAGAAAAGCCUAACACAAGAUGCACACACCUGUGCCACUAUUCUUGCAGAUUUAUUCAGGCAGCCCGAUGUGGAAUUUGGCAGCUUUGCUAUACUCUUUGGUAGAAAUAACGCUGGUUCGAUGGCAAUUUUGAGAGUGACAUUUGGUGGACACCGACAGAAACAGGAUCAGCAAUAUUCUAACAAGGUACUUUUUGAGCAGCUCCAGUCUCACUUUAAUCAGCAGCAGGAGUUUCACAUUUAUACAUUAUUAUCUAAGCAACAAGCCCUUGACUUGAGAGAGGUGAGGGGGGGUGAUGAAGCUAGGCUGGAUUACCUAUGCAAUAAGCUUGGAGUGAAGCUGGUUGUAAGAAAGGGUUUGGGGCCAUCUGCAGAUUCUGUGAUUGCUUCAAUUAAGGCUGAGAAGAGCAGCCGUAAGACAUCAUCUGGUACAUCGAAGACAAAAGCAACUGCAGCGAAACAAAAGCUAAUUAGGAGGGCUAAAAUUGUGGGCGGCCGCAACAGAUUGUCCCUCCCAAAGACCAAUAUUGAAAGUAAAGUCAGUAACGGUGGCAUUAAUGCGGAGUCCAGAAUACUUCCCGCGAGUAAUGGUUCGACUUGUCCUGUCUUAGAUGAUGGGCCAAGAGCAUUUAGCAGCAAUAAUGACCUGCCCCCUCUAAAUUCAAAUAACGAUGCCGACUUUAUGAGUGAUAUUAGAUCUCCUAUGCAAAAUUUGGGACUUAAUAAUGGAUUAACAACGACUUUCGGUUCUAAUAAUGGGUCAUCAGCAUUAAACAGCAAUAGCAGUCUCGCCUCACAUAAUACCAAUGCUGGUAUUAUGUUGCUAGAUGAAACACGAGAUUCUAACCCUGAGGGUUUUUCUGCCAACAGCUUGUAUCUACAGCCUAUGGAUUUUCAUAUGAGUACACUGGGUGAUAGCAGUCGUUCAAUUAAUCAGAGCUUUAUCUGCAGUAAUGCCUCGGCUGCUCCGACGAGUUCUGAAAUUGGGACCAGAGAAGUAAGCAAUGAUUUUAUCAUGGCGCCCUCGAAUUCGAUUAAUCACGGUUUUAACCCUCAAGGGUACGCGGCGGAUAUAUCUAAUCAAGAAAGUAAUUUGAUGAAUCACGGCUUUAACUCACAAGAGUACGCAGCGGAUAUAUCUAAUCAAGAAAAUAUAUUUGAAGAUAUUAUGAAUGAACUGCUUCCCCCUUCCGGCUCAAACUCUGGUACUUGGCACUUUGCAGAGAAAUUGUAGGGAGCUGAAAUCGGUGCCAUGGACAUUUUUCUAUCUGGCUUGUGGAUGGAUUUGUCUUGUUGGAAGUUACUUAUGCGAAAGCCGCCGAAUCUACUGAAAUGUUCGAGCAUUAGAUUGUCACACAGUGAAGGGGUUGAUGAAAGGCUCGAUAUAUAAGUACCAUAUAUAGAUUUGCAAUUUCAUAUCCUUUAUUAGAUCAAAGUAUACUUGUACAUUUAUACUCCACCUUUGUCAAGAUGACCUUAGAAAUGUAUGUGUAUGUAUUUCUUCGAGGACUUCAUAACAUUUUCUCUCACUGGAUCGUAUUCGUCGCAAUUUUUAAAGCUCGAUAAAAAAAAAUUGAAUAUGGGU